UACCAGCGUUAGUAUUUCAUCUGAAGUGCAAGGACCAAGUUCAUCAUUCGAUUGACGAUUGCAAGUGGAUAAUGACCACCAAUUUGAUACUAGUUCUAACAUUGCAUUUGUUUCUAUCGGCCUGCGAGGCUGCAAACAUACAAAAUCUAGGAGGCGAAUGGUUACUCAGAGAAGCUAACGGAAAAUAUGAAGAUCUCAAAGCUACUGUCCCAGGUGGUAUUUAUAGCGACUUGAUGAACAACAAUAUUAUUGGCGAUAUUUUUUUUGGUUAUGGAGACAGUGAAACAAAAUGGGUUCCAAGACUGAAUUGGACAUAUUAUAGAAAUUUCAGUGUUGAUGCAAAUACAUUGAACAAAGAGAACGUUAAUUUAGUUUUGGAAGGUCUGGAUACGUUCGCCAAUGUCUUUGUAAAUGGUAAAAAAGUGGGUGAGAGCAGAAACAUGUUUGUUCGUUAUAUAUUUGAUGUAAAGGAUCAAUUGAAGGUCGGUAAUAAUGAGAUUGAGGUCCAGUUUUUAUCGCCAAUAGAAGUUUCUGCAAGACUCGCAGAACAACAAUCUAAAUUAUAUGAUGUACCCCCGGAUUGUCCUGAUGCAGCGUACAGAGGAGAAUGUCAUGUUAAUAUGAUUAGAAAGAUGCAAGCUUCUUUCUCGUGGGAUUGGGGACCGUCUUUCCCAUCCGUUGGUAUUUGGAAAGAUAUUUAUAUAGAGAGUUUUGAUGAAUCUGCCAUAAGAUACAUCGUGACUGAUGUUACCGAAUCGGAAGAUGGUGAUUACUGGCUUUUGAAUUUUGACACCUAUUUGGCAAAUAAUAAAAAGGGAACUGUUACUGGAAUUUUAAUGUAUACUGUUACCUUGAAAGACAUCCAGAUGACGCAGGUGAAUCAUGUAGAUGCAGUUAUGAACGCCUACAACGAAACUGUAGUUACUACAACUGUUCAAAUAUCUAAAUCAUUCGUCAAUACUUGGUGGCCAAAUGGAUAUGGAGCUCAUGAUCUUUAUAAUUUGAAUGUAGUUUUUUCAAACGAAGUAUCAUCUGAACAUGACAUAAAAAAUGUUCGAGUUGGAUUUCGAACAGUUGAAUUAGUUCAGGACUCUUUAGAUUCUGGACUGACGUUCUAUUUCAAAAUAAAUGGAGAACCAAUUUUUAUGAAAGGUUCGAAUGAGAUUCCAGUCGACAUACUACCUGAAAGAGGACAAAAUAAAACCACUAUAAAGAAAUUAUUGAUGGCAGCUCACGAUUCUCAUAUGAACAUGCUUAGGGUCUGGGGAGGCGGUGUCUAUGAAUCUGAUUAUUUCUAUGACUUAGCAGACGAGCUGGGAAUAGUCAUUUGGCAAGAUUUUAUGUUUGCAUGCGCUAUGUAUCAGUCAGACGAAAAUUAUCGCAGUAAUGUUAUAGACGAGGUGCGACACCAAGUUAAGAGACUGAGAAGCCAUGCUAGUGUAGCACUCUAUUCUGGAAAUAAUGAAAAUGAAGGUGCCCUCGUCGAUGAUUGGUACGGCACUAAAAAUAAUUUCACAUUGUAUAAAAAUGAUUAUGUGACCCUAUAUAUCGAUACUAUCAAAACUGAGUUCGAUCGUAUCACUCACAAUAGAGGAAUUUUCGUAAGUUCCAGUCCUUCGAAUGGAAAAAAAACAGUGUCUGACGGAUAUGUCUCUACUUAUCCCGGCAACCCGUUGUACGGUGAUGUGCAUUAUUACAAUUACGUUUUGAAUCCCUUUGAUUCAAAUAUUUAUCCCGUUCCAAGAUUCGCUUCUGAAUAUGGAUAUCAGUCGUUGCCUAGCUAUGCUUCAUUGGCAAAAGUCGUAAAGCAAAUCAGCGAUCUAGAGAUAACCAGUGAUUUUAUGAAUCAUCGACAGCAUCAUCCUUUGGGAAAUGCACAAAUGACGCUUCUAAUUGAAAUGAAUUUGAAGUUGCCAAAUGAAAGUAGCAGCAAAUAUUCUCAAGCUUAUAUAUUCUACUCUCAGAUCGUCCACGCUUUAUCAAUUAAAAUUGAAACAGAGCACUACCGAAGGUUCAGAAGUAGUUUAAACAACAAAGGAGAGGGUAAAACAAUGGGUGCUCUUUAUUGGCAACUAUUGAUCAAUACCCUGGCAUGAUUUCAUUUAACUUACUUGAGUUUCGAUAUUUCAGAACAUACUGGAAAAUGGAAAAUGCUGCAGUAUUAUACACAAGACUUCUUUGCUCCAAUUAUAAUAACAGGACACCUGAAUUUGGAGAGAACAUUGGAAAUAUACAUCGUAUCGGAUUUACUUUCACCAGUUCUAAAUGUAUCAGCUUCAAUACAAGUUUAUAAGUGGAAUUCAUUCGAACCUGUCAGCUCAGAAACUGUAACAGUAGACUUGGUAAUUAUAAAAAAAAUACUAGAUAAUCUCAUGUUCGAGGUGACAAAACGAAAACGAAACAGAGCC